AUGAUCCCCCAUUUAUUCCUCAUCCUUUUACCCCCCUUUCAAGCUGGAAGACAGCCAGAGGCCGCUGGGAUCGACUGCGUACCAGCUAAAAAACCCAGAUUAGCUCUACCUGCCGAUGGAAAGAGACGCUCCAGGUCUAAAAACCCUGGAACAAAGCGUCAGACGGCCAGUGAAAGAGAGAAGCUCAGGAUGAGGGAUCUGACCAAGGCUCUCCAUCAUCUGCAAACCUACUUACCUCCUUCUGUGGCUCCUCCUGGACAAACCCUGACCAAGAUUGAGACCCUUCGCCUCACUAUUAGCUACAUCUCGUAUCUUUCUGCUCAGCUGGAACAGUCUGAGGAGACCUUCAACCAUGAAGCAACACCAGGAGACUACUCACGAGAUACUUCAGAGAGGCUUGAGACUGGUCUGCUUUCAGAAACCUGGAGUCUGGAGGGGCCACAGGGACUUGUCCAGUAUUGUCCAGCAUUCACAACAUUUAGUGAUUCACCACAACAGAUGGAAAACAACAUCCCAUCUACUUCAAACUCCAGAGAUGGACAAUCCUGUAUGUUUCCCUGCUCAACGACACACGAUGCUACAUACUACAGUCAUGAGUUUUUUCAGUGAAGAACAUAAGGAGAGAUAAUGAUGCCAAAAUCAGAUUGUUCAUCUAUAAACUAAGACUUUUUUUGUUUGUUGGAUGCAUUGUGAAUUUAAAUAUUUGU